UCAAAUAAAAAGUUUAACAACUUAUUUUUCUUUGAGGGCCGAAGUUUAAAAAGUGAUUAAUAUGAAAUGUUUUCACACAUCGUAGGGUUAUAUCACAAAAAUUUGGCUUACUUUUAUUAAGUAGGGUAUUUUAGCGGUAAGUAAAGCACAAUUACAUCAUCUUUGCUGAAUGGUUCCACGCACGUGCUUUGUGCCGGCAAGUUGCUGAGAAAACUGACGAAACUUUUCUUCCAGGGUUUUGGGCUGAUGAUGGAGGAGAAAUCGGUCUAUUCGACGAGCCGGUUAGAACUUUGCUCGUACAGGUGUUUGCAGAAACUUGCUAAAUCCCUGAAACUGCCGUCCAACGUUAAAAAAGUGUAUCUUGUGGAAAUGAUAAAUGCCAAGAAGUGUUCCCCGGAAUCCGAGGUGCAGCGGAUCAUCCGCCGAGUAAAGCAGGAGCGGAAGAACCUCACACAAGACAAGAAGAGGAGCAGGCAGACUGUAAUCACUAUAGACUCAUCAAGCAGCGAGUCAUUGUCUCCCGCAAUAAGUGACACGCCGAAACGCCCACCGUGCAUGCUGCGGUGCUCAGAGCUACGCCAUCAGAUGAUGCGAUCUCAGAACAGCGUAGUCAGCACUUCACACCCAGGGAGCGACCGCGUCCUCCGCAGCUGCAACGUCAAACUCAAGCCCUUCAUGAACAAGUUCGCCGAAGUCAACCAACGCCAUGUCGACAUGCUCGAACAAGCCAAGCCGAUGAACGUGCGUGUUAUUAAGAAGUGCAAACCCAACAUACUCUCGAAUAACGAGAGACAGAUAGCGCCGGUUACACAGCUAGGCUCGAGACAUAUCCUCGUAAAGCGUCAGAGGCUGCUGAGCGGCAUCUACCCCAUCGCCAAGGAGCUAGUGCCCGUGGGGGGAGUGGGAGUCCGCAACAGCGAGGGCAAGAUGUCCGCGCUCGCCGCCUUCAUACACAAGCCGCAGGAUGAUAGCUACACCAGCACGCGAAGUAACAACAGCUUGAAACGCAACAUUGAACUGACGCUACAGGAUAUCAUCAACGGGAAUGUAGAACAAGCUACCAGCCUCAACUACCCUAACACCAGCGGUAACUUAUCUUGUCUUAUACGUAGUAACAACAGCUUGAAGCGCAACAUCGAGCUGACGCUACAGGACGUCAUCAACGGGAACAUAGAACAAGCUACCAGCCUCAACUACCCUAACACCAGCGGAGUGGAAGAUAUGCCAGACUUCACAGAAGUGACACCAGAGAGUACAACCUCCGUGUACUACCACAAGAAGAUCCGCGCAGAGCAAGUCAGAGAGCGCCGGAGCACUUUAAACACCAGAUGUGAGCUGCCGCGCAUUAACGAGGCAUUUGGCCAGUUCCGAGGCAACCACAUCCGGCAUGACGUCACGCAGCCGCUGUACGUGCAGGUCAGCGAGGAGUCCGAGAGGAUACUGAACUACCCCCAAUUCGCCAAACGCAACACAAGUCUCCUGGAAACAAUGUACAACUUCAAGAGCCACUUCUUAACAAACCAGCCACUUCUACAGUUGGCGACCACCACCAACACCAAAUGCGUUUAUUCCACUCCCACAGUGGCCACCGCGGCGCCUCAAAGGCCUGCGACGACAUACACGGAACCAUAUAUGGCAUCUAACAUUUAUGUAGCGUACGAACGGGACCAAUACUACGGCAGCAUGGAUAACUCGCGAAUGAACGACUGUCUGAGGUUCGUCGAGCAAGAUUACGACUUCCGGUGCUACGAAGACCCGAACAGAUCGAGUUCGUCCAUUGGAACAGUGCAGUCUCAGGAUCUAGGCGCCAACGUCACCAUUUCUGACAUGGUCGAGGAUGCCUUGGAGCUCAUCAGCCAGGAUGGAGAUUACAUGGAGCGUAUGGGCAUGGACGUCAGAAUGCAGUGCGUCCUGUGCAACUGGGCUGGACCCAAAAUAAUACUUGAAUACCACAUUAGAAAGGAGCAUUCCAACGACAUCGACAAGCAAGAGAAGCGAGAAUGGAACAUCACAUACUCGCUGGGCAGCGUGCACCAGCAGCUGUGGAAGUCCCGGGUUAUAGAGCACGAGUCCGCGCUCUACGUGCUCAGCGUCAAGUACGAGCCGCCGGGGUGCUUCCUCGCCACGCUGGCGACCCUCACAACAGACCCAGAGCUAACCACCGGUAGCAUAACCGUCUUCAACAAGGUAACCGGCGAGCCCCACACCUGGAUCGGCGAAAUCCAAGAGCUGCCCCCCAGCCUGCCUUACGACAACCAGCCAGGCCUACAGCUAGAUCUAGCCAGCCUAGACUUGAUACCUAACAGUGCUAACUUAAAGUUAAUGAACGGGGAAUUGGUAUUGCAAUCUCCGAGCAAGGUGGUGUUUGGGCAGAUAGAGUUGAAUGAUAUACAUAUAAUUCUUUUUGUUAAGAUAUCUUAACAUACAUGUUAAAC